GUAGAUGUCACAAAGUUAACAACAAGCCAGGCGAGGACGAGGACUUUCUGCUAAAAUGUAGACCAUUGGCUAUACUCGAUUUCGUAUCCGAUAUGAGCUCAAGAAGAAAAACAACUUUCAGCAGAACUCAUUAUCGGUAAUCAUUGUGAGUAAACUUUAGCGGGAUGAACGAGGUGUGUGUCCGGGUGGCGCUCCGGGUCCGGCCCCUGCUCCCAAGAGAAGUCCUCCACCACCACCAGGUGUGUGUGCGGGUGGUGCCGGACUCCGCUCAGGUGAUGCUGGGCUCGGACAGACUCUUCUCCUUCGACUACGCGUUUGGACCCACAGCCAGCCAGGACGAGGUGCACGAGUCCUGCGUCCAGCCGCUGGUGGAGUCCCUGCUGGACGGAUACAACGCCACCGUGUUCUGCUACGGUCAAACCGGCUCAGGGAAGACGUACACAAUAGGAGGGGGAAACCUGAGUGAAGAGGGAGGAAUUAUUGACCGUGUGGCCCAGGAUGUGUUCUUGUUGCUGGAGGAGAAGAGGAAGAACAGUGAUGGUGGGGAAGCCAAAGUGGGGGUGUCAUACAUGGAGCUGUACAAGGAAGAACUACGAGACCUGCUGGAGCUGCACACCAUCCACAAAGAACUUCAUAUCAGAGAGGAUGAGAGAGGAAACACAGUGGUGGUGGGAGCCAAAGAGAUAGUGGUCACCUCAGCAGAGGAGCUCCUAAGUGUUAUAGAGACGGGCAAUGCCCUGCGCCACACGGGCACCACAGGAAUGAACGAGCACUCCAGCCGCUCCCACACCAUCCUCACCCUCCAGCUCAUCCAUUGUUGCCACAGCAACAACUCCUCCUUAAAGUCUGUCCGCUCCUCCAAACUCUGUCUGGUUGACCUAGCGGGCUCGGAGCGUGCUGGAAAAACUGGAAACACCGGGACACGACUCAAAGAGAGUGUUCAUAUCAACACAGGCCUGCUCGCCCUCGGCAACGUCAUCCGCGCCCUCUCGGACCCUGGGAGAAAUCGCAGUGUCCACAUACCAUACCGUGACGCCAAGAUCACACGCCUCCUCCGGGACUCGUUGGGAGGCACCGCCCACACGCUGGUGGUGGCGUGUGUGAGCCCCUCUCACCACAGUGUAGCCGAGACCCUGAGUGUCCUGCAGUUUGCAUCCAAGGCUCGUCACAUUCGUAAUCGUCCCGGAACCACUCCAACAGAGGUUAAAUCAGGAACUACCCCAUGGGACCCAGGUGAGGCUCGGCUGGGCGAGCUGGAGUAUGAAGUUCAAACACUGAGAGAGCUACUGAAAGAGAAGGAGAGGGAGAUGGAGAGGACAUCUGGGAAAACUGGAGAGGGGGACAGCUUCAAUCAGAUGAACAUACCUGAUCCAGAUAGCGGGAACCAAGAGGAAACACCACAGUACCGCCUUCUGGCUCAGGAAGCUGCUGCCUUGUUGGCAGAUAUCUCUGGCCCCACCCCUAGUCAUUCUUUUACACAGCGGCUGCAGGAUUGGCAGAAGAGACUGACAGCUGUCAAUCACUCACAUCAAGCUGAGGAGAAGGACAUGCCAGAGGGGAAUGGAGAUCAACACCACAAUGUCACCAUACUAAAGCUCAGAGAAGAACUCCACAAAUACAAAGAGUCUCUCACCUUAGAGGAACAGCUAUUGGAGCAGAAAGAUGCAGAACUAAGACAGGUCCAAAAAGAAGUACAUAAGCUUCUUCAAGAAAGAAAAACCCACCUUCAGGCCCUAGAGGAAGAAAAGGAACGCACACGAAUACAGACUGAACAACUGGUAGACCAGCAGAUCACCAUCAGUCGUCUUCGCAGUGACCUUGUGACCUUUAGGGGUGCAGCCUCCGAGGGAACUCUUGAAACAGGGGCUUCUGGGAACUCAGACAAGAGACCCCACAGUGUCCCUCUGAUCAGACAAAGCUAUAGACACGGACCUUCCAGGAGGAUUCAAUCCAGUCCCCCGGCAUAUUCUCUGGAGAGGGUGAUGGCAGCCUUUAAGAUGCGCAGUCAUCUCCUGCUGGCUGAGAUCGAGGAGAAGGAUGAAGUAUACUGUCCAUUCAUGAAACAACAGGCAGAGAGCAGAGACAGCGAUCCAGAGAUGGAGGACGAGGAGGAAGAUGUCUCUGUGGGCAGAGUGGGAUUCAGGCGUUCUUUAAACAGAACAUGGACCAACCGGCAGAUGAAAUCUGCAGUGAAAGAGAAAAACUCCGAUCCAGACCAAACAUCAAAUGGAAAUCCAUCAGUGCAGCAGCCUCAGCGAACCACAGGAACCAAGGAAGAGCACACCACUGAAAGCCAUAUGAAGAAGGGAAGACUAAGAGCCAGCGUGACUCAGAGGAGGAUCCAUGAUCUGUCUGUCAACAUGCGUAUGAAAGAGGAGCUCCUCAAAGAGCUUCACAAAACUGACAUGGAGACCCAGGCAGUGGGCGGACAUGGCGGGCACAGUGGUGAUGGAAGAGACGCCGGCGUGUUGAUGAGACUCUCCCUGCAGAGCCAGAGGGUCCGAGCAGAGGUCUACCGCAGCCUGCAGCACAUGAGAGUGCAGAGAGAGCAGCUUCAGAGCAGCCUUAGGCCGCAGAGAGAGGCCGACACCAAGGAACCGGAGGGAAAGGAGGAGCAGAGGGCAGGAGAUAUGACUGUAAUCAAAAGCAAUCACCAGGAAGAGCUGCUUGACAGUGGUUGGCUAGAGGAGGAGGAGGAGCGUGUGCUUCAUAAGAGAGCGGAGCUGCAGGAGCUGGAGGAGGAGCUGAGGAGGAGAGAGGAGGUGCUUCUACGCAGAGAGGCCUGUCUGCAACAGAAAAACAAACUAGAGAUCAAGAGGCUGCGCUCCAGUCAGGCUCUGAGUCAGAACCUGCUGAGUGUGUCGGUGCGGUUGGAGUCUCUGGAGGAGCAGCUGGGGAGCAGCAGCAGUGUGAGGCAGACUGGAGGAGUCACCAUGGAGGAGCUGAAGAGAGAGAGGGACACACUCAAAGAGAGGAGAGACGCUCUGGACCGCGAGCUGAAGGACAACAGAGUGCUCACUGUGGAGGAGGAGCAUUCCCUGCUUCAGCUGGAGGAAGCGAUUGAAGCUCUGGAUGCAGCUCUAGAGUUUAAAAACCACUCCAUCCAGGACCAACAGAAGAAGUUGCUGAUUAAAGACUCUUCUUCACAUCAGCCUCACAGCCCUGACCCCGCCCAACUCUGUGAUGUCAUCAGGAAGCUGAAGGACCUCUCACCACCCGAGGCCUCGGAGCUGCUCAUCAGAUAUUUCAACAAGGUUGUUUGUCUUCGUGAGGCGGAGGGCCAUUUGCGUUUGCAGUGUGAAGAGCUGGAGCUUCAUGCCAGAGAGCGAGAGGUGGUGCUGAGGGAGAUGGAGGUCGCCACGCAGCGUGUAGCCCUGGAUGCAGACCGCAGGCUCACCCAGCAGCACCAAGACCACCAGAGCAACAUCCAGCUACUGCUGCAGAAACUCAGAGAGGGUGGUUCAGGAGAGGCACAGCAAGCUUUGGAAGAAAGACUGCAGCAUCUAGAGAAAGAGCUGUUUUUCUACAAAAGCUCCAGCAGGCAGCUUAAAAAGAAACUCAAAGAUCUUGUCAGUGAUGCCCUACACCCUGUCGAUCAGCAUUCACACACACAGGAGAACAGAAACAAACACAAUGUGCAGCUACAUGCGAGUGCAAACAAACCCCAGACGCACACUGAAGAGUCACAGACAAGAACACAUAUUGCAACAACAUACACAAAGAUACAGGCUGAGCAAACAGACAAAAAGGCUCACAUCGCUUCUCAAAUGAGGAGACAUGCAGAUCAAACCCCCAGCAACUCCUCAUCUUCUGACCUCCAAGCACGCAAAACAACAAAAAUGUCAGAUUACAACCAUACUCACACACAGGGGGGGAGUGACAGGGGGGAGAGUUCACAGAUGACACCUGUCCGUGUGUGUCGCAGAGAGCUGAGACAGAUCUCUCCAGCUGAUCUGCAGGUCUGUAGUUCCGCCACAAGGAGGCGACAGUCUGCUGUGGAAACCAGCACAGAAUCAAUGCUAGAGGACUCCAUAGAAGUGCCCAGAAACACAGACAGAUGAUUUAUCACGGUAUCGACGAGUCAAUCUAGAGCAGUGUGUACAUCUGAUACCAGUUGGGUGCUAUUGAAACUAAGAAAAUUCAUCCCCUCAUCUUGAGUAUCUUGUGGAAAUAUUCAUGCAUUGUUCUUUUGUAUAAAGACUAAUUGUAGGUCUUUGUUGGGCUUUGGAUCAGUAAUAGCACCCUUUAAAUUACUUUAUACAACCAGGAUACUGGUGUAUAUGCAAUGCAUAUCCAUGGUCACAUUUUACUCAAUAUGAAAAGCAUGUGGGUAAAGUUGAACAAGUUUUAUUAUUAGCUUUUUUUCAUAAACACACCCAUAAUGUUGUAUCACAAAAUAGUGAAACCACAGAAAAUCAGAUCUGCAGUUUGUGACCAAAGGAAAAGAAAGCGACUGAAAUGUGGUUAAUAUUAAAAUGUUUUCCGUUUUAACCAGUUCAGUCUCUCCUCGUAGCACUUUCCUCCUUUUUCAUUGGUCCUCUCUGGUGGUCACAUAUUUACCAGAUCCUGGCUCUGCUGAAUGAUUUCGCCUUUCAACAAAAGAAGACCAGUGUUGUCAUUACAACAGAGUGACCCUGAUGCAUGCAUAGAAAGACCUUUCCAAUAACUUGGCUGUGAUUUUUUACUUGGAGAUAGAGUGAAAGUUUUUCAUUUGGCAAUUACAGAUUCUUGUCUUAGCUCAUGCCACACCCAAAUACAACACUGUAGAUUCAAUACAGAUUUGUUUUUUAAUCUUAUGUACAUUGUGUAAGAAUGGAAUAUUUAACGCAAAAAAUAGCACUUUUCUGAUUAGUUAAAAAUAUUUCACCAACAACAAUCCACUAAAACAAUUAUCCUCUUUUUACAAAUACCAUUAAUUUAAAGGAUUUAAAGUGUUUAUUAACCUGUAGUUCAUUGUAAUCAAAUUGUGCCUUGUGAAGAGAAUUGCUUUGUCUUUCCCCUUAUUUUAAGCACUGUUCAGCACUUAAAAUGACCAUAAGUUGUGUUUUUCUGAAUUAUAAAAUUAAUAUAAGGCUUUGUAGUUUUAUUUAUGCAAUUUUAAAUACAAAUGUUGAAUGUCUAUGUGCUAUAUGUUCUUUUAGUAGCAUUAUAUGUUGAGUGCUGUGUAAAUUAUUUUGUAUAUGAAUGGCUCAUUA